AAAAAUAAAUCAUAAUAAUUAUUCACACAGGUAUCUGAAAUUUUGUUUCUGUCCACCCGGUAUAUCAAAAAUCUAUUCAUUAAUCCCUUAGAUAGGUAAGUAAGUGUUAUUUUUCUUUUUAACGGUAAGUCGUAAAAGAGCCACUGUAUUCAUUAUUGAUCGAAGGUAUUCUUUAAUUUUUUAUGAUAGAAUAAAUUGGUCAUUUUAGGUACAAUUUGAGCUCAUAAAAAAACACUAAGUAAUACAUAGAUACAUAUCUAAUUUGGGUAAUUUUCUUUCCACACAAUUUAUUCUUUUUUCGAUUUUUAAUACAGUGCAAAGAAACUUAUUGGAAAAACAACUGGAUACUGAAUAAUUCAAACAUUUAGUUCUUUAUUUUACUUCAAGUGAUAUUAAUUGUAAAGUUUUUAAAUGCAGUAUAAAAUGCGCACAUAAACAAUUAACUAUUUCUGCAUGUUGUAAUGUACAAAAAACUGAUUGAGUAAAAGUUAAUUCUACUAAAAGGUCAUGGAUUUGCAUAAUAAUAUUAUAAUAUUCAAUUCAACACAACAGAAAACAAUUAAAAUUGAAAUGUUAACGAAGAGCGUGUCCUUCAAGAUCCUUAUUUCAAAUAGAAAUUAUUUAGAAUUUUGUCAUACAAAAAUUAUUUUAACUUUACAAGCUACUUAUUAUCGAUAAGAUAUUAUCAACGUUUAGUUUAUCUUACAAUUAGUUUAAAUUGUACGACAUACAAAAUACUUAUGUAAGUAUCUACUACGUAUUCAGAAAUGGUAAGAUGGUCAAGCAAAUCACACAUGUACCUAUUAUUAAAUUGAAUAGGUUGUUCAUUGUUCUAGAACAUGAUGAUGGAAACGAUCUUUUUUUAGCAACAAAAAGAGUCGUUAUGACAAAGAUUUCUUUCAAGAAAAUCAAAGUAGAUUCUUCUAGAAAAAACUUUAAAUACGUUAAAACCAGUUCUUGCAAUUUCCAACACUUUAAAUGUUAGAUGGUAAAAUUUAAACGAUGGGUUUCGGUGGUUAUGGUAAUAGGAUUAACCCGUGCCACCCAUCACAUUGUACGUGUUACGAUUUUGGCUGUUUUGGGACUGGCGGGACUUUACAUGCUCCACACGUUAGCCCAAGAUUUUCAAAAAAUUUACCAGCAAAUCCAAAAUGGACAAGGGCCGGGACGAGCCAUUCUUAACACGAUCGCUAGCAACCCAAUUUAUCGUAAUAUAAGAAACAACAUAGGUAAAACAAUAGCAGACACUUUGGCGAGUGGAAGUCCAUUCCGACAAGCCUCCCAGAGGAGAGACGACGUAAGGAAAACUCUUUGCGCAGACGGUCUCUCGACAUAUUGCGAUUUGAAUGAUUUUAACAGGGAUUUUGAUAAAAGUAUUGGAGAAUAUAGAGCUCCUAUUGGUGCAUUGUAUGGAGGACAUUUUGGAGGAGAGACCGAGGAGUUUAAGGAUAACAACAAGGGACUCUCUUCUUAUUCAACCAAAAGUGAUUCUAAAGAAUUUAUAGCGAAAAACCAAAAUUGGGGUUUCACUGUGGGAACAUCUGGAGACCAUUCAGCUGGAUAUGUUCUUACAAAAAGAUCUGUACCCUCUGAAAGCAAAGAAUAUUCAGAAAGUUCAAACAGUGCCAUAAGUGACUCGUCAUCUACAUUUAAUUAUCCCGAAAUAAACUGGGAAAAAGUAUUAAGCAGGGAUCCAGCAAGUUGUGCGAGGAGUUUAAUAUGCCAGUUGGCCGCCACCUCAGAAAAAGAGUUGGAAAUCGAUGAAGAAAGUAUUUUAAAUAUAGUGAGAAUUGCAACGAAAAAGGAGGAUUGGGCAAGUAAACAGCUAAGGGAAGCUCUUAAAUAUGGAGAAACCACAAAAAGUAUCACUCUUUGCGAAAGGUAUUACAUACUUUGUCCAUAUUCUGGAAAAACCAUGAUGAAAAUUUUAAGAUUUUUUGGAGGUUCAUCCUAAAUCAUCCAGGCUUUCACUGCAUUGUUUUAUAUUUUUUUUGUUAACUAA